AUGCGCCCCGUCCAGCGAGGUGUUCGGACUCUGUCCUGGACUAGAGUUGUUCCUCGCUUUCAUCGGCAAACGCGAUGCGUCCAGAUUCGCGCCGCGCCCUCGGGAGUGCCUACGGUCAAUGGCGAUAAUCUGCCUCUCGCUAGCACGCCGGUCUCUGUUGAAUCACGAGAUGCACGAUUUGACGUCGUUGGCGCUCCGUAUUCACUUCUUUCCGUUUCGCUUUCGGCCUCGCAAAACCUAUACACACGCCGCGGAACACUGGUUGGAUUAAGCGGCAAGGCGGAUAAUGUGGUUUCCACUUUGAGCGUUCUAGAACCCUUCCGGCGGGCUGUUGUUGGAGUGCCCUUCCUUUAUCAGAAGAUUUCCUCCGCAAGCCCCGUCACAGCCCUUGUUUCCGUUCGAUCGCCCAACACUUCUUUCGCCGUCGUGAACGUGAAUGGUUCUGUGGAUUGGAUGGUUGUCCAACGACGAGCUUUGCUUGCAUGGACAGGCCGGUCUCUAAAUAUCAAGCCGACUAUCAAUGGUAACUUGAGCCUAUCUCACUGGGGUAGCUCCGAGGUGACUGGCAGAGGUUUAAUAGCGCUGGUUGGAAACGGCCAGCUAUACUCCGUCGAAUUGAAGGACGGCGAGCAGUAUAUUGCGCAUCCCAGCAACGUGGUCGCUUACACCAUGUCUUCUAACCCCCCUCGCCCCUACCGCUUCAAAUCCACCACUCUCAAUUUCCAGGUCCCUAGUCUGAAGACGCUACCAAGGCUACUACAGAAUGCCAAGUUCAUCCGGGAUGUGUCUGAUUCAAAGGCAUACCAAUCCACCAUGCGAUGGUUCCACAAGCUGCGCACAUGGUCUCGUAUGACCAUCUGGGGAGAUAGACUCUUCCUGCAAUUUGACGGCCCCACAACCAUUAUCGUGCAAUCCCGUGGUCCUCGCCUCAACGAUGUGUUGUCCACAGAGGACGCCAACGAGAUUGCCAAUGUCCCUCGUGGAUUCACCCAACCUGCCUCUCCCUCCAAGGAAGGUGAGAAGACACCUGCCUCUAAAUCCAAGGAAGGCGAGAAGACAGAGGCCGAGCAGGCCGUGAGCAACAUCCCUGGCCUAGAACGCCCUGUCGAGGAUAUGGUACAGGAAGUCAAGGGAGUUAGCCAGAGUGUCGCGAAGGUUCACAAGGGUGGAAAGGUCGAGGUUGAGGAAGUUGGUCGCACGAACUAG